AUUAAUCUAACUGCUGUUUCUAUUUUUUUUUUUCAUCAUCAUUUAAAACGCCGUUAUACCUAACCAUCCAAUAUUGUUAUUAACUAAUGAAAAUUUCCGGUUUAGGAUCCCACUCAAGUACUCAACCUAUUAGGAAACAUGUGAUAGGACAUAGGUCUACGGCAGUCGUGCAGCCACCAUCUUACCUGAUGAAAAAAGAAAAAAAAAAAAUGUUUGUUACACAUGGCAUACUGUCUGAUAAUUUUUUUUUCCUGUCAGUAAAUUCUCUGACAAGGUUAUAGAAUCCAUGCUUUAAGUUUCUCUAUAGGAAUCCUACUUUAUACUUUUGUAGUAAGACUUACCCUAGUUCGUUCUAAGUUAACUGCAAUACUAAUCCUUCAUAUCUGCAUGACAUAUUGUUAUGGUUAAAAGUUGAUUAACAAUUACUUUAGAACGACAAAGAGAAACCAAUCAGUAAUUCCAUAUUCGAAAGGAUUUUUUGUCAGAUGUCAAAUUUAAAACACAAAAAUGAAACUUUAAAAGGUGCAAAUUUAGACAACACUGAGAAAUGCUUCAAUGAUAUGUGUCUGAAAUUAUAGCCUAACAUGUGGAUAGUUAUUUUUUUUUUAAUGCCUCGUCUCCCCACUUAUUCUCUUUCAUUCUGGACUCCCUCGUAAUAUGAGAACGAAACGAUUCACAGCUCCAUUUUUGGCUUCAGAGUUGGUGAUCAAAUGGAGCAUCUAUGUCAUAAUACAGUCACAGUUUUUACCCUUUUCAUUUAUUUAUUUUACUUUGGUGGUGACUUUAUUUUGGAGGGGGGACUUAAUGGCCUGUGCUUACAUGGAAGCCUAUUGUAAAUCAAACACGAUUUUUUUCCUUAUCUGAUUGAUUACUUUCCUAAUCUUCUUCAUUUUUUUAAUAGUAUUAUUACAAUCUUAUAAAAAGCCUUCUUACAUUUUCUAUUAAUUAGCCUUUAAACUUUCAUCUCUCUUUGUAUAAUCAAAAGAUUAAAAACUUUCAUCUCUCUUUGGCAUAAUUUUUGGUGCAUGGUGGUGAUACUGACAAAGGCUGUCUCUUGGUAUAUAUCUGUCAAUCUGUCAUUGUAUGAUAUUUCUUUUCUCUUUUUGAAUUGAUUUUACUUAGCAGAUUUAAAUUGUUGAUUUUAGCAUGAUUAGUGUCGUGUAGUGUGAUGGUGCAUUUUCAUUUACAUAGGACAUGGGAAUUUUGAGGAUCAUUAUAACUUACUAAGAUCUAAAAUGGAUGCACAAGCUGUAAUUGAUCGUUUCAAAUGAUUUCUUGUUUUGUGUUAUGGUUUUUGAAUUUGAUUUUGGAUUGAACUGUUGGCACAUGAACAAAAAGAUUUGUCCGGAUAAUAUUGUCAUCUUUGUGAAGCUUCCCCCUUUUCUUUCUUAUUGUUCCUGAAUUCAGAUUAUUUAAUUUGCCAAGUCUAAUACUUAUUUUCUUGUUGCUCAUGACUUUGUGAGAGAGGAACCUUUGACACUUCUCGUGGCCUUAGAUCUUUAAUAAAAGGACUUUUUGUACCCUCAACUGUGUUAUGCUGCUAGUUUGCAAAUAUGUAGACACACUUAAAAUAUAUCACGGAUGUGAGUGUUUUGGUUUCAAAAUGGCAAAAGUCGAUUCUUUUCAUAUGAGAUGUUUAUAAUUUUAUAAAAUGUAGAAUAAGUGUUCAGUGUUCUUAUGCUAUAUGUAUCUCUUAACUAAUUGACCAGACACUCUUGACCUUCAAGAGAUGUUCUUGCUUUACAAAUUACAAUUAAUCUGUAUUUUUUUUCCAAUCUGAGCUCUUCAAUAGGGUUAUUAGUUUAAAAAUUUUCUAUGAAGUUAAAUAAAGAUAAGAUCUAGAUCAUUGAUUAGCAGAAAUUGGGUGGCAAAAAACACAAUGUAGUUGCUUUGGCUCAGCCAUUUAUCCUCGCUAUGAUAUCUGAUAUCCUCAUUUAUGUCUUCUCUGAAUGAUCUAGAUAAGAUACAUUUCAGACACACAUACAGACUGCCAUUAAGAAUAUUCUAUGACAGAAUCUUGACUUUAUGUCAUCCAUGUUCUGUGUCUCUUAAGGGUCUCAGCUAUCAUUCAAAUCUUGACCUGCUUAACUUGAUGUUCAUCAACUUAGAGUGCCAUUUCAUUUAGUUUUGACACUCUUUAAUCCCCAUAGCACUCUAGAAAUGACUGUCUUUUAUUAUCCACCGUAAGCAAAGAGAUAACGAGGCAAGGAUGAUGUGAUAGGUUCUGUCUUCCCUGCUGGGUGUGAACUGUGCAGCAUGAGGUUCAAGAUGUAGGAUAGUUAAAGGAAUGAACCAUAGCCAAGAGGAGGCUUGUGGGUGUGUUUUGGGGGAUGAGUGGCACGACAGUGCAGUGGCAUGGCACUGUCAUGCCCUCCUUUGCCUCUUAUGUACAAACCCCCAUAUAUCGGCUGCACUAGAAAGGCCAUGCAGGUUGUGCCCUCGUGAUUUUGAAUUUGUGACUGGCACACCCAGUGACUGACCUAAUAGUUGUCUCCUAAUUAAUGUCUGGUAGACCUAAGCUUCAUUGGGACGUUAAUUUUUUUUACUUCUUAUUUUUCAAUGUAGAUUGUGUGUUAAAAAGAGAUAGUCUUAGGCCAUUGUAAUCUCACUUGUUGAGAUAUAGAGAGGUUUUUGAGUCUUUUCAGUAUCAUCAAAGUCUUAACGCAUGAUUGUUGUGAAUUUCUUCCAGUUUAGGGGUUUCCAUUUAUAUCUGUUUAUUCCUUCAAAAUUGGUUCUGGUGUUAAUUUUCGGGUUGUUAUUAUUGUUAUUGGACUUGAUAGUUAAUUAGUGCUUGUGUGAGUUCAAUCAACCUAUUUGUUUGCUUGGAAUCAUUGUAACUGACCUUUUGUAGAUUGACAUAAGCUGUAUGAAUAGUUCUCAUUCUUAGAACUCUGCAUCAUAAUUAGAUGUCAAUAAUUAUUGGCAAGAAACAAUUGUUCUUAAAGUUUGACCUUUUGCGUUCUUUACAUCCUCUUGGAACCAUUUUCAUCAUAAUCCAGAUUUUUUUUUACCAGGGUUAUAUAAGCAAUAGAAUCACAUUACCAUUGGCCACAGGGCAUUUCUUAGCCUUUUUAUGCUCCGGUUUAACAAUCUCCUUCUCUUCAUUUUUCCACUAGACAACCUGGUGGGUCCAACCCUCCCUCAGUCCCUCCCUUCUUGUGCAACUCUAGAAACUGGAUCUAGUUUCCUUAUGAUGGCCAGGAUAUUCCUUAAGGCAAAUGUUGUUUCCAGUCUCAUCAAAGAGCUUAUACAGACACAAAUUUAUCACCAUCCCUAAUAUAUCUCGGAUCUUACUCCCGUCCUUUCCCCCACUUGCCAGCUUAAACGCACUUGCCUAGUACUCAUGUCGCUGCUAUAUGUGGCUUAAGGUUGUUUCUGGAGCAUAAGUCAUAAUGCCCUUUGAAGCAUCUCUACACCUCAAAACCUCAUGUCAUCUGGAGCCAUGUUUUCAGCAGUAAGCAUUAUUUAUUCUUUGUUCUUCAGAGGUGAUAGUUGAUAACUUUUCCUUAUUGAGUAGAUAUAUUUUUCGCUUCUGGAAAUAUUGCAAUAGGACGUUGCCGGUCAGUUGAAACUUGAAAGUCCAUUGAAAUUGUUGCUACUGGCGUAAUAAAGUAACUCUUCCGCUCUGCACCAACUCUAGCUAUCUUUCUGCGUAAAUUUAUGAUUAUGCAUUUAUUAAAUUAUUUGUUAGUAAAUUAAACAUGGCAUAAUAUUUUUACAAAACGAGUAAAGAAAUGUCUUUUACUCCGUAUAUCAAGAGGUUUAUACUAUAUCAUAUCUACCUUAUUUACUCCACAUUGUGACACGAAUUUGCUGUCAUUUGAUGUGACUGUUUCCUUUUCUUUGCUUCACCUUCUCACACGGAGUUUUAAGAAAAUAUAAUUUUGCAGCAUUGGAACAUCUUUUCAGAUUGCGACUUGUUUUUCUUGUAAAUAUAGAAACAGAAUCGUAGGAAAUUUGACCAAUUCAUGUUUCCUAAAUUGAUGUACCCAGUGAGCAAGAAUAUGGCAGGCAUGAGUGAUGUAUUGAGUUCAGGAGAAGAGGAUCCAUCUGAGUUGAAUGUGGAUAGGAUAAGUUCUCUUCCAUGGAAUGUCCUUGACAUUAUUCUAGGGGAGGUGUCAAUAAUUGAGGCUGCCAGGACGAGUGUUUUGGCAAAGGAUUGGCAAUAUAAAUGGCUAUCCAUCUCUAACCUUCACGUGGAUUAUGGUGCCACAGCUAGUGCCCUUAAUAAGGGGAAUAUUGAAUGGGAAAAAUUUGCAAGUAUUAUUAACAGAUUCCUACUCCAUCACAGCUGUACAAUCAGGAAAUUUUACCUGAGUGCAUUUUGUAAGCCACAUUAUCCUGAUAUGUAUCCAUGGAUUCAGUAUUUGUCCACUCAAGAGGUUGAGGUAUUGUUUCUUCAAGAACUUGGCCCUCAACAACUGUUUGAGGUUCCCUCAAAUCUCUUCUCUUUUAAGAAGCUACGUCGUCUGUACCUUGGAAAUUGUGUUCUGAAAUUGCCAUCUAAUUUUGGUGGAUUAAUCUCUCUUCGUGAAAUAUCCUUCUCCAAUGUUUUAAUCAGUGAUGACGAUCUUCACCGUAUGCUUCGUGCUUAUCCUCUGGUGGAGAAGUUAGUGUUGUCAAGGAUGCCUGGGAUACAGCAUUUGAGAAUUUAUGGACCAAGAUUGACUAUGUUAGUCAUAGACACAAAUAUUGAGGAUAUUGUUAUUGAAGAGGGUGCUGCAUGUUUGGCUUCAGUUUGUAUUAGGAAUGCCUUAUGCAAUGACAGGAUGAUUCGCAACUGGCAGAGCGUUAUUCGUUGCUUACAUGGUUUGAAAGCCCUUGAAAGCUUGGUUUUAUUUGGAGAUUUUAUCAAGGUUUGGGCUGAUGAUUAUAAUCUCGAAACUUUUCCAUUGAGGAAUGGUACUAUGACGCAUCUUUCCCUUCGCGACGUGGCACUCGACGCUGUUGAAGUGCUCAAGAUUUGCCUUUCUUUAUUAAGAACUUGUCCGAAUGUCAAAUCCUUCAACAUUACGAUCAAAGCAGCAAAAGGUCAAAAGCUGUUCACACAGUUUUUAAAGGAAAACCAUGGAAAGUUCUCCUUUCCUGUGCUGAAUUCAAUAUCAGUGACAUGUCCUUCUGGGAAUUCCAUGGAGUGUACUAUGACCUUGAUCGAAUUUCUUUGUGCUAAUUCUCCAAAUAUCAAGGUUGUAAGCGUUACAAAGGGAGGGAAGCGUGAUAUGAAUACUAGCAGGGUUUCUAGGAUGCUGUCGCGGUUAAGGAAAAUUUGUCCUGACGCUUCAGUUAAGUAUACCUAUAAUAGCCUACUAUAGUAUAGGUUAUUAUUACCAUGUUCAGGCGAACUUCAAGACUCACUUUCAUCUGUUGCUUUUGCUUUUGUGCUAUUCCAUUGUUGUAAUAAUUCUGUAGUGCUAUGUACUAGUACUACUCCGUACUUUAUAAGUUUUAACUUAUAUACUCCGGGAAUAAGGUUACUUGUUUGUUAAUCAAGGAGUUUAUGUGCAUUUGCCCAUUAGAUCAUA